AUGACAGACCAUUUGAAGUGCGAUUUUCAGACGCAGAAGCCAGAGCGAGAAGCCUGGCAGUUGACACCAGCAGCCAAGCAGUUGAACAAUGGAAAGCUGGGCAAGAUGAAGUUGCAGGCCAAACGCGAAAGCAUGCACUUGCGCUCAAUUGACCUCAACUCCGCAGGUUGGGACUCGGCUUUUCGCCACAAAGAUCAGCGAGGACGGUCAGCAGUCAGCUCAUCGCAAGCGAGGCCACCUUUGCUGAACCAGACCGUCUAUCUCGCCAAGGAGCUUGUGAAUUCCCACAUGGGCAAAGUAAGCACCACCAUCACCAAGGCCACUUGCUUCGUCGUGUCCUCGGACGAGCUUGUUGAAGAAGAUACCGAAGAGGUGCAGGCAGUCCAAGGGCCCAAGUUUCUUUUGGCUGCCAUGGGUGCGUGGCACCGCCCACACAACGUGCGUGCCAUCUACCAAUCUGAUAGAAUCUUCUCUGGGGCGGAGCACGGCGCAUGUUGGGACCUUGGUGAGUUCAAGGCCAUCGAAGAGACGGGCACGGCGAAGACAGUUGAGAAGGACGGAGUGGCGAUGGACACUGACAUCGGAGAGUUGAUGGAAAGGACCCACGUACUGGUGGACAGGUCGAAGGGCCGAGUGUACAGUGAGACAUUGAGCCAGACCGACAUGACCUCGGGCACCAACUCCUUCUACAAGUUGUACUUGUUGGAGUCCGACAAGGACUCAGGUGGCAGCUGCUACUGGGUGUGGAGGAAGUGGGGCCGAAUAGGCGUGAGCCAGGGAGGCACAAAGCUGGAGGAGUUCAAGAGUGACCAGGCGGCAGCCAUUCGGAUGUUCAGCAAGCUUUACCUCGACAAGACUGGUAACACCUAUGGGCACAAGCCUGCUGACUUCGUGCAGAAGCCUGGAAAGUUCAGCCGCGUGGAUGUGGCACACAAGGCGCUGCAAAAGAAGAAGGCGAAGACGGAUAACGAGGAGCCAGAGCCAUCCCAGGACGAAGUUCAGGAGGGGCAGCCGCUGGGUCAGCUGUCCAAGGGAGCCAUCGAGAAAGGCAAUGCCGUCUUGGACGCUAUCGAGUCGAUUCUGUCAGACCUGGCCGAAGGAGAGGCACUGAGCCCGGUCCAAAGGGGGAAAAUCAAAGGCAAGUCAGCAGAGUUUUAUGCGCUCAUUCCGCAUAACUUUGGCCUUAAAGCCCCUCCGCCGAUCGACACGCAGGAUUUGUUGGGGGCCGAGCGAGCUCUUCUUCAGUUCUACCUACGUAUGGGCUUCGAGGAGAUUGGGGGAGAGGACGAGGAGAAGCUUACUCCGAUCUCUGGUGUCAUGGAGCUGACGCUGCCCAGCACCCUUCAAGAGGGCUGCAAGGGAAUCUGCAGCAAGAAGGACGUGGACAGUUGCACAAAGAAAGGCAAGACUCUGGAGAAAAAGAAAGCGGGUAAGCCGCUGAAGCCCAUGAACCAAGAGCUCUAUGGUUCCAUUCUGAUGUACACUGGCAAUGCGAUCUACCAGGCUCUGAACAAGGCGCUGCGCGAUGAAGAUCGAGAUAAGGUUGGCUCUUACUUCCCAUAUUUGCGCAUGCUUUUCGAGGCAUGUGCAAGGCUGCCAAUACGGGAAGUCACACUCUGGCGCGGAGUUGGAGUUGACCUCUAUGACCAGUACAAGGUUGGCAGCACCAUCACGUGGUGGGGGGUUUCCAGCUGCACCUCCGAUGAGAAGGUGGCGAAAAACUUCGCCAGUGGCUGCGCCGGUCCGCUGGCCACUCAGAAAACCAGGCUCAGGCUCCAGGGACAGCGAUGA